GCCUCGGCCCUUCUGCCGUGAAAAAGGAAGAUGAGAAGCAGCGGCGGUCCGCCGACACUGAGCCGACACUAAACCGAGUCUGACUUCCAGCGGAAUGGCGGCAGAGCGGCUGCUGACAGACCGGAGCCCGAGCGCAGCUGCUGUUCCCCGGCCUUGAACCCGUCACGACCGCCGCUGGAGCCGCUGGAGUCCCGGAGCUGCGGAGCCUGGAGGAGCGGCGGGUGGAGCUGCAGCCUGCCGGGCCGGGCCGGGCCGUGCUGAGCCGUCGUCUCCCGCCCUGCUAACGAUGUUCAGCUAGCUGCAGGACUGAAGCCUCGACUGCACCGCACCCUGAAACCAGAGCCGACCUCCCCCUGUCCCCCCCCUCAGCGUCCCUGCAGGCGGCAGCAUGGAGCGCUCCGGCAGCAUCCAGCUGGACAUCCCGGACUUCAGUAACUCCGUUCUAUCCCACCUGAACCAGCUGCGUGUUCAGGGCCGCCUCUGCGACAUCGUGGUCAACGUACAGGGUCAGAGCUUCCGGGCUCACAAGGUGGUCCUCGCCGCCAGCUCGCCGUACUUCCGAGAUCACAUGUCUCUGGGCCAGAUGAGCACCGUGUCGCUGACGGUGAUACGCAACCCGUCAGUGUUCGAGCAGCUGCUGUCCUUCUGCUACACGGGCCGCCUCUGCCUGCAGCUCGCCGACAUCAUCAGCUACCUGACGGCCGCCAGCUUCCUGCAGAUGCAGCACAUCAUCGACCGAUGCACGCAGAUCCUGGAGGGCAUCCACCUGAAGAUCAGCCUGGCCGACUUGGACGAGGAGCCCAGGGAGGAGGAGGCGGCGCGCAGCUCCAGGAGCAGCAGGACCCUGGAGGCCGUGGUGCGAGCCGGUGGUCAUCACACCGGCCUGCGGCUGAUCAGUGCACGGGCAGGUGUGGAGGCGUGCGAGGCAGUCAGCCCGGCCGAGGAGCCGCUCAGCCCGCUGCCGACAGUGGAGCACAGCGGGCUGGAGGGGCCCGGGGCUGCCUCCGGCAGAGCGGGCAGAGAACCCAUCCUUCGCAUCAACCGGGCCGGUCAGUGGUACGUGGAGACGAGCAGUGAGCCGGAGCGCACCGGCAGUGCCGAAGAGGGCAGCGGCAUGGACCGGGUGAGGAUCAAGACGGAGAGGAUGGAGGAGUGGAUCGGAGCGGGGGAGCACCAGGAGGAGGGGGGGCCGGUGGAGGAGGAGACCACCGUGAUGAUCGACACGUCGGGACGCAGCACGCUGGUGACGGGGCCGGUGGGAGGGCUGGGGACCCGCAGCGCCCAGCCAUCCUCCAGCUUCAGCGAGACAGACAGGUUCAGUCCCACCGGCAGCGUGGUUGUCCUGGCGGAGCGUCAGAGAGCGAAGAGCGAGUCUCCCAGCAGGGCGGACGAGCUGCGACAGCCGAGCUCACAGGGGGAGGAGCAUGCAGCGUUUGAUAUGGGCGGCUACGAGGACUACCUGAGGGAGCAGGUAGGCGACCGCUGGUUCCGCUACAACCCCCGCCUCACCUGUAUCUACUGCUGCAAGUCCUUUAACCAGAAAGGCAGCCUGGACCGCCACAUGCGCCUACAUAUGGGGAUCACGCCGUUCGUCUGCCGCAUCUGCGGGAAGAAGUAUACCCGCAAGGACCAGCUGGAGUACCACAUCCGCAAGCACACCGGCAACAAGCCCUUCCACUGCCACGUCUGCGGCAAGAGCUUCCCCUUCCAGGCCAUCCUCAACCAGCACUUCCGCAAGAACCACCCGGGCUGCGCCCCCCAGGAGGCCCACAGCGCCUCCCCCGAGACCACCACCGCCUCCGUCACGUCCAGGGGAGGGCCAAGCGACGAGGCCUCCCCCAGCCAGGAGGAGCCCGAGGGUGGGGGCAGCGGUGGUGGAGGCCAGUACAGUGAGGGUCCUCAGGCCUCGGUCUCCACCACAGGGCCUGACUGACCCCGCGGAGGGGGAGGGGGGAAGGAUGGAGAUUGUGGUGGGGAGUGACAGACGUGGAAGGCCGCUCUGAUCCUGUUGCACCUGAAGCCAACGGGACACUGAAGGCGUCGAGUCAAAGCAGCGACUGAAAAGACGCCUCAGAGUCUGAACUGAGAUUUUUCCGCUUUAAACCGCAUCUACCUUCACUAACCAAACCGAACAGAUUGAGAGAAAAUGAAGAAAUGCCACACACUCCUACAACCUCAUACACCACACGAUGACGUGGUCCUCGUUUGCCUCCGUCUAGUUUAUGUUACAGAUUUCUACUUUUAUAUUUACAGGUCCUACAGGUUCACAAAGCAGCGUCACAACAGUCUGUCUGGUGGAAACUUUGCCAAACUUCUCAGUGCCAGUUUAAUAGGUAGAAUCCUUCGUAUUUGCCUUGAGACAAUCUGGAGCAGCUGGUUAAUAACAAUAACUCUGCGCGCUCUUUAACGUGCCACAGCGGCAUUAAAAAGUUUAGUUGCACAAAAAGAUUCAAUGAGAAAAAACUACGACUGUUAAAGUUCAGCUGUGAUCAGAGUUCCUCAGUCUUUGUGACGUUAGAACCAAUUUAAUAUCUUUAUGUUCUCAUGAAGCUGAAAACAUUUCACAUCACGCAGAGAUUUCACCAACACCUGCAGGGCUGCAGCUAAACAUUAAUGAGGAGUCAGUUUAUUGAUAAGUAUGUUAAUUAUUAAUUCUAUAGAAUAUUAGAAAAUAUAAUAAAAUCUUCAGUCUUGUUUUCAGAUGUCUGUUUGGUGUGAUCGACAGUGUAAAACCCAAGAAGAAGAGAAAGACGUUCGAACCAGAACAUGUUUCUAAUUUAAUUUUUCCAAAAUCAUCUAAAGUUAAUAAUCAUGAUCAAAAAAGUUAAUUUAAACAAAGUGAUUAAAUCAGUUUAUCGUUUCACUUUUGCUGCUUCGGGCUCCUUGAACUUUGUUCUCAGAAGCAGAAAAGUCAAAAUUAUUCACUGUUCGUCGUCACAUAAUAAAAACAAAUAAAUAUAAGUUAAGGGAGUCCAAUGUGUGGAGUUUACAUGUUCUCCCCGUGUCAGCGUGGGUUGAGUUCCUCUCAGCAGCAGUUUAAAGUUGAAUCGUGCGAAACCUUAGUUUCAGUUUAACGACUGAACCUUCUGGAAAAGUUACAAAAUAAUCAGUGAAAUAAUCUGGUGAUUAUAAUCUGUAAAUUCUAGAUUUAAAUAAUAAAAUCAUAGACAUCAGAGGCAUUAAUAUGAAGCGUUGGCACCAUCUUGUUUCAAAAUGUGUGACGUUUUCUUAAUGAGUGAUGGUUUGAUGUAGAAAGACCAUCUGUAUUAGAGAUUCUAAAAGGGUUGCUUACUCAACUAUUCCCAGAGCUUUCAACUGUAUCACAUGACCUUCCUCAGCAAAUCAAACCUGCUCAGGUGUCAUCAGGACUUGGGUCACGUGGUAAAAGGUGGGCGUAUGUGGGGGGACAUUACAACCCUCGUUCAUGCUCAAGGACGGCCCCCCACUCCCCCCCCCCCAUUACAUCACCAGAAGAAGAUCAUGGGAUGCAUCUGAAAGCUGUGGGAACAAAUAGGUAUUGACAUCAUGUAGUAAAAACAGUCUUGAGUAAAAGGUGAAGAACUCUGAUCACGCUGGAAUAAUUAAUUUGGCAGUAAAGUAAAUUCUUAAGAUUAUGGUUUGAUGAUAUUAAUGCAGUGAGUUUUAAGGAUCUGGCGGUUAGAAAGGACCAUCUGGCAGCCUGUUGACUGAACGGACUCACAGCAGGAAACCUGGACGGCGUCCAGCCUCAGAUAAGCUACACAGCUCAGUUACCUCUCAUCACUACGCAAUACAGCUGCUGCACUGCACAGCACAGCACCACCGGGGGGCGCUCUGACCCACUCACACAGGGCGCUCCGUCUGUCUUCUCAGAUAUUUUUAUAAACAAGCAUGUGUUUUAUCUUUUCUUUGUUUUUCUUGGACACUUUUUUGCUCUGACAAUGUGUGUGACGGACAACAGGAGCUUCACGUUCGAGGAGACGUGUCACGUCCGGUCAGUAACGUCUGUCAGUGUCGCAUUAAAUCUGCUGCACGUCAACGACUCAAAACUAAUAAACAUAACUGAUAAAAUACCUUUGAAUUCAGUCAGGGAGAAUUAACAGAAAACUACUGCCAGCUGAUGAGUACAUUAGCUGUCAUCAUCAAAAUGGAGACAGGUUAUGCUAACAUUAGCUUGCAAGCUAACUCUUUUUUGCUUACUUAUCAUGUAUCCUGUAUCAUGUUGUAUUCUGUUUCAGGACAAUUAUAAUUCAUUCAUUUGUGCUAAUAGGCUAAUUAUAAGCUAGUUAGCUGGAAGUAUGCUGACUUAGUUUCGUAUUAAUUUGUCUUGGACAGACUCAAAAAUCAACAUUAGCUAGCUGAGUUUUUGCUCACUCAUUGUUCUGUAGUGUUAUUUUGUUCCACACCACAAACAUUCUUUUCUAAAGGGCAGACACAACAUUAAAAUUGACAUUAGCUCACCAGCUAAUUCAGUUCUUUUCUUACUGAUCAUGUAACUUUACAAAUAAUAUUCCAGUGGUUCUAUUAUUACAUUCAUCAUAACGUUAAACCAGAGAUCUCUGUUGCUCAAAGAGUUAAUGAUCGUGUCCUAGUCAGCUACCUUUGAGUUAACUGUUAAUAUUUGCUAAGAAAGCAUUAAUUUACUCGAUUACUCAUUAUGAACACUUUGUAUUCUAUUUCAAAACAAUUCUGUGGCACAAACUGGAACGUGUGAUUAGCCUAACCCUUCGCUCUGUUUCUUAAACAACAGCGCUCUCAUUUUAGUGGAGAGCGUCAGGUUGGAUUAACGAACACACCCUAUAGCUUGAUGUGGUUCUUAUUACAGGCUUGUAAUUCAACCUGGAUAAAACAUCUACAGGACACGUCACCACAACAUCACGUGACACUUCUGAUGAUGACGACAGACGCAGUCGUUGAAACUGUCAUGUAAGGGAUAAUGUAUAAUGAUCCAGUGAAUACUGGGAAAAUAACUCCCGACAGGGGAAUAGAACCCCGACGCGCAGCAAAGUUGUUUUCCCAGUAUUCACCGGCUCAUUAUACAUUAUCCCGCUUAUUACACGGAUAAUUAUCAGUUAAAUAAAUAAUUUGAGACAGAAUAUUGAUUAAUUAUACGAUUUUUAUUGAUUUAUAAAUUAAAUCGGGAGGAGAGAAAAAAAAACUGCCGGCAACUGCUGAAUCUGUGCUACAGUAGCUACAGGGAAUCAAGAUCAAUGACCAACCUCCCUGUCGUCCACAAUCUUGUGUCUCCUCUCUUUUCCGUGUGCCUCUGAGCAUCCCUCUUCUCCGGCAUUCUUCUCAUCUUCAGCCAGUAACCAUGACUCAAGAUUUUCAUGCUCACCAAAUAUGUUAAACGUUAUAUCAUGAAAAUACUCCAUCUUUGUAUCUUGUAAAUUAUUAUUUUGAAGCAGUAACGGCUACGUUAGCCCGAUAAUAAAGUAACUGUUGUCAGGGCAGCGUCCCUAGCAACGCUGGGCUACAUAGCAACGGUCAUUACACAGUAAUAUCAGACCUCUGAAUGCCGCGACUGACCAAUCAGAAUACAGCAUGUAGUAGAGCCGUGUAAUAAGGUAUGAUAGACAACACUUAAGAACCGUAUCAAGCUACAUAUAAAAAGUAGGCUAUAUGAAUUUGUUUGGACAAACACACCCUAUAAUUUAUUCAGGCAUGCUAAUAGGCUAAUUGUGAGCUGGUAAGCUGAGCUUAGUUUGCUAACAUUGUCUGUUUAAGUUAGUAUUAUUUUUUUCGUAGACAGAUUUAAAAAUCUACGUUAGCUAGCUUUUUUCUGUUUUUUUUUGUGCAUUAUCUCCAGUAGCACAGUAUAAUUAUUUUAAAUCUGCUAAAAGAGCUAAUAUUUGUGAGUUAUUUAGUUAACAGAAAUUGAUUGAUUUUAGUUAGUUUUAUUUUCCUUAGGCAGACACAGAAAAAUUACAUUAGCUCACAAGCUAACAGAUUUUUGGUUACUUAUUACUCAUAUCAUUUUUGUUAAUUUUAAUUUUGCAUAUACGAUUUGUAUUCCAGUCGUUUAGAGCUAUUACUAUACAUGACAUUAAUUAUUAAGAAUAGUUUUCUGUAGGCUAACACACAGAUUAACGUUAGCUUGAAAGCAAACUGAUUUUUUGGGCUUAUCCAUUGUUUUCUAAGCUGAUGUUGUCAAACAUUAAUAUUUCCAAGAGAAAUACACAGAAAGUCAACAUUCUAUUAACUGUGUUAGCUGUUAUGCUAAAGUUAGCUUGCAAGCUAAGUGAAUUUUUGCUUCCUCACCAUCUACAAUUAUGGGUGCGUUCAUAAAUACUCGCUGUGGGAAUGCACCGUUUGGUUCUCUAGAACACAGUCUGAGCAGCAGAGUGCCGAGCGGAGUGAACAUACGAUUAACUUAAUAGUUUGUCAGUUCACACUGCCAUUUAAAUGUACAGCGCCAGAUUGGAUUCAUGAACGCACCCUUAAUUACACACAUAGACCUCCAUUUUUAAAAGCUAAUGUAUGUGAGCUAGAUAGCUAAUGUUAGUUUACUAAUGUUUCACAGUAUGGAAACUUUAAGGAAAACUUAAGUGUUUUCGGGGUGGAUAGUGUAACUGAACGACAUCAGUCUCAUCUCUCUGUGUGCUCUAUAGGUCCAGGAUGUGUUAGCCUAGCUUAGCACAAAGACUGGAAAAAGGGAAAACUAGUAUCCUAGCAAUAUGCUAUGUUGACUCAAGCUCUUUAGCUAAUGUUUGCUCGCUAGCUAACAGGAAGUUAACUUUUCCAAUCAGGAUAUUAUUCUUAUGAUAUUGAUAAAAUACUGUGUUUCCCCCUCUGUGCUGAACACAGUCGCACAUGUGCAGUAGAGGUAAUGCGUCAUCAGCACAGAAGGUUCUGAUUCGGUCAUUGAUCGGGUAGCGACAGGUGGAGGACCCUGUCAGACCAGAUGGAUGUAGGAGCCAGGCCACGGAGCUGGACCACAACAGAAUCCUCCAAGUUCACCUGCUGGAGGGCGGGAGCAGGUCGGACCACCUGGCAACCAAAGGAAAGACGAGGUGGCCACGUUGGCCCUCCAAAACAACUUCAGCACUUAUCAGAGAGAGACACGGGAUCAAAAACAAGUUUUUAUAAAAACAGAACAAUAUAAAAUCACAUAUUAUCAGACAUAUUUAAACUACUAAGAUGUUUUUUUGCAUAUGAAUAAUGUAAGUAAGCUAGGAGUUAAAUUCAGAUGUAUGGUAGGUAGGCAGGUAGCACAUGGAUCGGCUGUUACUGUUUUUCUACGGAGCUGUGAAACAGAUUCUCAGUGGACGGUAAAUUUUUUUAUGCAAGUGAAGCCAGCGGCUCUGUCCUCACUCCGGCUGGCUGGACUCGACUGUCCUCACUCUGGCUGGUUGGACUCGAUGGUCCUCACUCUGGCUGGCUGGACUCAAGUGUUCCUCCCAGAUCCCGCCACCGCCGCACUCACUCUUCAGGCUAAACCAGGAACUAUCAGGUAUACAGACUCUUUGUUUUAUUCAGUGAAUCGGACGUUUACCUUUCCCUACGUAGCAGAAUGCUAACAGCUAAACCUCAGUGCGAGCUUCAGGCCGCAGAAAUAAAACUCACCUGUAAAUAAACUCAACAGCAGGAAGAGCUCCUGCCAGUCACUGCAGAGGACGACAGAAAACACAAAACAGGGCUGGGCAACAUGGAAUAAAAAUCAGUUGUCAUGACAACCACAACACCUCUUAUCAAUGUACCACGGCAGCAGAAAAUGCUGCUUUCGGAUUGGCUGGCAGAUAUUUGUAAAACUCCUGCAUGAAGAGACGCAGCGGCAAAACCAGAUGUAUCUUCAUAACUGAGGACGUCUUGUUUUAUUUCUGCUCACAUCAGAUUUCACUUCAGCUCAUCUGGUUAAUGAAUUUUAUAAUGUGUAAAAACAAGGUCCUGAAAUCAUGAAUUUUCAGCUGGCUUUUUUUUUUUUAAGAAGUUCCAAAACAAAUGCAACAAAUAUUCUCUACAGAAAUCUACAAAUGUUAAUUUAGUUUGCUCUUUAUGAUACAAAUAUACAGAUUUAUUUUUAUCUUCACAGAACUUUGUUCACGUCUGUAAAUCUCACAAAACCAGAAAAUAAUAACUGCAGUAUUUCCGCUCCGUACAAGCCAACUGAAAAGUUUGCACACUGUGACUUCUGCAUUAAAUAUGAUUUACAGGGUGUCGGCUGAAAAGCAGUGUUGUGCUGCCCUCUGUUAUUCUGUGACACCUGUGACAGUGAUGUCACAGUGUCCUCUGGAACACCUGUACGUCAUGUUAACGUUAACAUUAGUUCUCUCAGUAACCCUGGCAGUUACUGGGUCCACACAGUAAUUAGUUGCUCCAUGGCAGUGGUUCCCAACUGGAAAAGUAGGUUGCAUGUCCAUUCUGAAUGAACCGCAGGCGACUCAACAUGUGUCAAGUUUGUAAAAAACACUAGAUUUCCAAGUACAGUGAAUUUCUGGCACAGAGCUUUUCUUUUAAAGUGCGAUUUCCUGCUGUAGAGUGAAUGAGUGAGUGAGUGAGCAGAGACGGCAAACUAACUCAACAACACAGCCAAAUGCAAAUAUGAUGCUGAAAAUAUUAAACUGUGUGGACGUUGAACUAAUGACAAGGGAGAAAUCUGUAGCUGCACCAGUUGGGAAUGCCUGCUCUGUGGCCCCUUCACCACUUCACAAAACACCCGCUAACACCUGCUAACAUCUGGCCUCCAGAAGAGUUGAAAACUUUACAUUUCUUUUGUUUUUCAAUCAUCCCAUUUAUCUCAACGUAACAUGAAAAAAUUAUGGAUGCACGAUAAUAUCAGCACGUCGUCAGUAUCGGCCGAUAUUGGCUUUAAAAUGAACCAUGAGAAUCAGCAACAUGCUUUUUCUUAUUCAGCACAAUGACUGAAUAUUACAGACACUGACAGGCAUUCUGCUGCUGGGCCGUCACCAUCACAGUCUGUCCGUACAAGAUGAUGUUAAUUCCACCACAGAACAGACCUGAUGAUGAUCACUGACAUCAGAGGGAAAAAGUGGAUAUAUCGAUAUUGGCUAUUGGUCAAAUGAGUUGUUCCAUAUUGACAUAUCAGAUAUCUGCAAAAAAUCCAGUAUCGUGCAGCCCUAAAAAAAGAAAGGAGGCUGAUGUAACAUGAGGCGACGUCGCACACUCGGCUCGAACACGUGCUCACAUUAAGAAUAUUUUCCUGAUUCAUCAGUGUGCCAAACUGCUGAGUUGCCUCGUGGAUCAGAGCAGAAGUUUAGAGCACUAAACUUGGAAAAGAUGAAAAUAUGAAACAUGUUUCUUAACAUGUAUUUGAAGAAAUCCUCGGAGUCAUUUGACAUCACCGUUGUGUGGCAUCGAUAAGGAUCAAAGUGAAAUUCUGCAUCAAGAUAAAAAAAAUAAGCCAGAAAUCCUAAAACAUGAUUUUGUCCCAGCUGUAGAAAUGAAAUGUGGACAUGUUGCCCAGCUCUGACAGAAACACGUGAACAAACAGACUGACCUAACUCUCAGUGCAGCAAAGAGAUGAAAACAUGAAUUAACCCAUUCAUCCAAAUCUCUUCUCAAAGGCUGCUGGUCAGAUUAUACAGGAAACUGUAGGUUAGUUAGUUUAGUCACCAGUAACAUCUGAAAGCUACCUGUCACGUUAAUGAAACUUAAAGCUCCUAAACCAGACUGAACUGGUCCAGACUGGACCACCAGUCCAGACUGGGUCAUGUCCUCAGUACUCUGUUUCUUCUCUCUGCACUGACUGUAGUGACUUUUUAUUUUCGAUGAACAGCUCAUUUCAAGCCAGUUAAACUCAAAACAACGCUGCUGCCAGAUCAGCCGGUCCAGUCCGGUCUGAUCUGGUCCAUUUCUCCUGGAGGAAAUAGAAAGGAGGAAAAGUUGGAUCAGAGUUGCGUUCCGGCCCGACAGCACCUGAAGCGUCAGGGUUUUAAACCUGAGGUGAGUCUGAACACAGGAACUGAACCAAAGACUGUUUUCUUUCAUUAGGUUCAGUCAAAAUAAAAAACACUCGUCUUGAGAGAAUCUGUGGAAACACGAGCCAUUAAAUGUGACGACGACUCAACACCUGAAGUUUGAACGCACAAUAUUGAUAUUAACAAUCUGAUGUAUGAUGUUUCCUUGAAUUGUAGCUUCAGACAAAAUCAGUAAAUGUUCUUUGACGUAUUUGUUCAAAUUUAAACUUUACAAUCAAAUUUGAAAUAAAUGUUCAAAACACGGUUUGGACAAACUGCAGAGAUUUAUAUGAAUUCACUGCUCAGACUCCAACUUUUCCUCUUUGACGUUUCUUCAGUUCAUUUCAGUUUCAUCUUCAGUCAAACUGUGAAAACAGCUCAACCUCAUCAUCAUCAUCUUCAUCUUUAUCAUCAGCCUCUGGUCUUCAAGGUUUUCUGAGUCGGUCGAGGCUCCACCUCUUCUCUGAUCAGCUCAGUUGCUUUGGUUGGUUUCAUGUUCCUUCAGCUUCUGGCUUUUUAUUUUGUACUUUUUACUGUGUGAAUCAAAUGUUUAUUAUAUGAAUAUCCAGUAACCUUGACCACAACAUGCCUAAUUAUAAAUCAGAUCAUUUAGAUAUAUUCACUUAAUGAGAUUACUCUUUACUGUUGAUUCCUCAAAGUAUAUCCUAAUAUAUCAAAGCAGAAAAUGAGUCAAAGAAAAAAGUUUAGUAAAUUAACUUUUAAUACUGUACAUUUUUUUUAAAAGAGGAGGUACUUAACAAGUCCUGUAGUCGAGGAACCUGAAAGGUUUUAUGUGAAGAUCUUUUAUGUUGCAUGUCUCUGUUGCUAAAACAUGUUGGUGGGGGGGUUGGAUGGGGGGGAUGAGGCCAAAGGUUGAUUAUUAGUUUAGAAAAAUGUGAAGAAGCUUCUUUCACCAUGACCACUAGAUCACUCACAGGUCGCAUCUCCUCCAGAGGAAAUAAAGCACUUUAAGUGUC